AUGGACACUUCUGUUAGCAGUGAGCAGAGGGUCUCAAACGGCGCUGACAUAAUAUCAGAUCUGGCUCCUGUAGAAGGAUUACCCAUGGGCUCAAUUGAGUGUGAUCGUUACCCUGACCUUACUUGGACACAGUCACUAGAUACGUUGCUGCAGCAGUUUGAUGACAAGUCAGAUCAUCCGCUCCCCUCGGCACCAGAAGCAAACCCGGGCUAUCCACCCCAAGCAUUAAUACCAGAGUCAAUGGCCUCCUCAAGUCGACUGUCAACAGCCAGUGUUGAGCAGAGAAGUGGGUGUCUAUCCUUUUAUAAUUCACCUGAGUUCCAUUCCUCUAGUCGACAUAUCCCUACCACUCCUCCUGCUUUCAUUCAUGAUCAAAACCCGUUCAUAUCCAAGGACACCCGAGAAAGCACACCUUCUGUCUCAAUGAAGUCACCAUCAACAUCUUCAGCGCACUCCGAUCAGCGUAACUGGGAAGCGGAAGACAGCCGUAUCUCCCAGGGUCCCAGCUUUACCCAUAUACCGCAAUGCCCACCAACUGCGCCAUUAGCAUCAUGCCAAUGUAUAAAACGCGUCCUCUUACUGAACGAGGAGGUCGAGAUCAAAGCAGGUCUGCACACUAUGAUUCUUUCCAUUGAUGAAUUUUUGAAUUUUCAAAAUGAAGUCCUGAGACGAUGGAGCAGUAUCCUUGACUGCAUGGUCUGUAACAAGAUCUCUGCAGUUGCAUUGCUCCUGACCACAAUCAGUGAGCGAUUGUUAUGUUCAUUCCAGCGCCUCUCUGAAGCCUUUGCGGAUAGACUACGAGAUGGUGCAAACAAUCAGCGUCAGCAACAGGAAAGGAACAAUCCAAAUGCGCAAGGAAAAGGUUUCCAUAUCACGAAACAGGUCUCUAUUGGGAGACACACGAUUGGCGUCCCCAGGGACCAGGAUAUUCUUGUCCUCACGGUGAUCAUCCUUGAGCUCGGUACUUUGCAACGGCUUGUGAUGCGACUCUGUGAAGCUGCAAUCUGUGCUGGGUGGGAGAAGUAUGCUGUACAGCUCCAUUCUAUUCACGAGAGAGCGCAGCAAACAACGGCAACCUUGAAGAACCUGAUGGAUCAGGUACUAUAA